AAAAAAUAUAUAUGGAUUUUAUACAAUCUCAAAUUGAGAUUUAUGAAUCUAUCCAUAGAAAUCUAAACAGACCGCCGCCAUAUUCCAGGUCUCCAGUCUCAAUCGUCCCUUCGACUUCAUAUCACAUUUCAACUCCAUCUACCAAUACAAAUUCUGGAAAUAUAUCGUACUAUGAUACUAGACCGUAUUUCAGUUUGUCAACCUCUUCGGCUUCUCCACUCCCUUCUGCACCUUUACCUCCAUCAAACGUCGUUACUCCAGCUAACAAUGCAAAUACUGGAAAUAUAUCGAAUAUGGGAGCUAUUCCGAAAUCUAGGAAAGUUCCUGACACACGGAUGAAUAGUUCACUUGUGGGCGUGAAAUGUGUAACAUGUAAUAAUGACUUUGAAUUACAUAUAUUCCAAUGUCGAAACGGACAUAGUUCCUGCAACAUAUGCAAAUUUCUCAAUAAAAACUGCGGACGAUGUUCUAUGCAAAUAACGGACGUAAGGAACAUAACACUGGAAGCAACUAUUGACGAUAUAAAGACCAAACACACUACUACUACUACUAAUGAACGUAUAAAGUGUCGCAAUGCAAGGCUUGGUUGUUGCCUUUCUUUCACUAUAUACGAAAUGGACGCCCACUUACAAGAAUGUCCUUAUACGGACAUGGAAUGUCCACUUAAAUCCAUAUAUCAAACCUGCAAUUGGAAAGGUAAUAUUAACGAUAUAUGUACUCAUUUUAACAACGAACAUCCCGACAACUGUGUGGGCGACGUGGACAAAGAAAUGACUCUCAGAAAUAUAGAUAAAGAUCAAACUUUGGUUUACUAUGUUAACAUUGAUCAAUUCAAUUUCAUAAUUUAUAUUGAAUUAAAUAAAAACAAGAGGACACUAUCUAUGACGGCUCAACAUCUGGGCACAAAAAUCAGUGCCUCAAAAUGGACGUAUGAGUUCAUUGUAUACGAUAAAUAUAAACCACAAAGAAAAUUUCAGUACAUUGAUUUUUGUUGUUCAAAUACUGCAUUGAUUAAGGAAAUAUUUAAUAAUCAGCAAUGUGCGACAGUUAAUGCCGAAUAUGCCAAAACAUUUAUUAAUAGAGGUCGCUUGACUUAUAAGUUUGUCCUAAAAAGAAAUGCUACUAAAAACAUUUCUAAAAACUCAAAAAAUUGAUUUAGAGAAAAAUAUAUAGUGAUUUACCUAAUUUUUUUCCAAUUGAAGUUGUUAAAACAUGUAUCUCAAUAAGGCAUAUAUAAUACGGAUUUAAUAGCCAUUAAGAAAUACUAUUAUUAAAACAAAUAUUUUAUUUAAUGCUGAAUUGCGAUAUAUUCGUACUGCAUACGACAAAUCAGCUGAUUUUUAAGGUCUAUAUCGAUAGAUACUAUCGAGUAGAUUAUCGAUAGGCAACACUAAUGCACAUUUUAGUAAAGAAAAUCAACACAAUAGACGAUUUUGUAAUAUUUUGUACGAUAAUGGUGGGGUUUAUAUUGUUAUCAUAAUUUUAAGGAUAAUAAAAAAAGACAUCAUGCAUCAUAAUUUAAUCCAACGAUAAUUUGUAAUAAUAUAAGCUUUUCAUCUAAUUCUACAGGUGUAAUUCUUCUACAUUUGUAUAUGAUAUCUGUUUUUAAUGACAGUAUCGAAUUAUAGACAAAAUCAAAUCAUAAUAUGGUCGAGGUCGCGAAUUUUUACUCAUUUUGAAUGUCACAUGCGUUUUUCAUAGAUUACAUACAGAUUAAUUGUUUGUUAUAUUAUUAUCUAGUUUUUCCAACCAAUACAAUAUUUUGCGUAAAACGAGCCAAAAUUCGCGGCCUCUCACAUGUACUUGAAUAGUGAACACAUGAUCGUUUUAUAUUUAAAAUAUAUCUUAAAACAAGGACACUUGUUCAACUAUAAACAAGUUGAUGGACGGCAUUAUCAAUGAGAUUUUACAAUAUAAGAUCGACGAGUGUUUACAUCUAACAUUAUGCCGCCUUUUUAAA